AUGGCUGAAGUCGGUUCUAACUCGUUGUCAGCAUCGCGCAAACAUAUCGUUCUGUUCGCGUACGACGCCUGGGGUCAUAACCGGCCCCUUUGCGCUUUCGCUGCGAGGAUCAUAAAGGCUGAACAGGUCCAUAUCACCUAUUUUGUCCCUGCAGAGCUCGUCGACCGCGUGUACGAGGAGCUGAGGCGCAACUUCAAGCCUGAGGAGACCGAGCUGCUCAGCCUCGUGCGGGUAGUAGGCCUCCACAACGAAUCCACGAACCCUCUGCACCACGACGCCCUCGACGCAGGAUUCGCGAAGGCAUUCGAAGCCCUCUUGCGAGGAGACAAAAUCACGUGUAUUUUGACCGAUGUCGUUCAUACUGCUCUGCCACGCAUAGACUGCGUCGUCCUUGAUAUGUAUGCAAAGCGGCCGUUGGAUUUCGUCAGAACGCAUGGCCCGUCGUCCGUGAAGGUCCUCGUCUGGUACUCGGCAGCAGCGACCCGCCUCCUUCCAUUCUACGGCCCCGACAAGAUGGGCGGGAGGAACACUGCACUCUCUCGCGUGGCAGAUGAAAUAAAGCGAAGCGGGCGUCCUCUGCACGAAGUCGCUGCUGAGGCUUGCCUGACCUGCGAUGGCUCGGUUAUUGAGAUACCAGGCCUACCGCCGAUGCAUGACUACGAACUGUACCCCCAGAGGGUCCCCUUCCAAGAGAUAAUGAGCAUCAUGCUCUACAAUACGUACCUAACACUGGACGGAUGUGACGGUGUGAUCCUGUCGACUCCGGAGUGCUACGAACCAGAGACGGUGGAGGCCGUCAGGCAGUACUACAAGGCGAUGUCGCGCAGCGUCUUCGUCUGCGGACCGCUCACGGCCUCUGGUUCGCGUGCGAUGGUCUCCGAGCAGCGGAACCCUCACGCUACGGCGGUGGGGCAGCUGCUGGACCGAGUUCUCCACGAGCGCGGGGUCGCGUCGCUGCUGUAUAUUUCCUUUGGGUCGCUCUUCUGGCCUCCUGCGCCGGAACGACUGUGGGCGUUCCUGGACGUCGUGAUGGAGUUAGGCAUACCCUUUAUCAUGGCACAUGCCUCAGCUUGGGCAGUCGUCCCGGAGAACGUCAAGCAUAAAGUAGACACGUACCCGCAUGGCUUGAUGACUCGCUGGUGUCCGCAGCAGAUGCUCCUCGCGCAUCCAGCUACGGGCUGGUUCCUGACCCACGGAGGACACAACAGCGUCAUAGAAUCGAUCGGCCAGGGCGUGCCUAUGAUCUGCUGGCCGUACCAAUUCGACCAGCCCACGAACGCGGUGCACCUCAGCUGCAACCUCGACGUCGCGUACGAACUGUUCGAGGUCCGCACGGAGAACGGCGUGAAGCCGAUUCGCCAUACGGGCAGAGCCCCAGACGCAACGGUGGAGUCGACAAGACGAGAGGCCAAGGAGGUGCUGCAGCUGGCUUUUGGUGAAGAUGGGGAGCGCAAGCGGGGGAAUAUCCGCAAGCUCCGAGUGGCCUUUCAGGAGGCAUGGGCCGAUGACGGCCGGGCGACACAAGAACUGCGGGCUUUCCUGGAUUCAUUGAACUCGUAG